CUUACUCCCUUCCAGUAGCACUGUUCUUUUUACCAAUUGAUUAUAUUUCUUUUUCUCAGAUCUUGUGCAUCAGUCUCAUAGCGAUGGGUAAUCUGACCGUGAUCAAAGAGUUUCUCCUUCUGGGAUUUGGAAAUCUCCAUGGGUUACAGUUUUUCCUUUUUGGAAUAUUUCUUGGAAUCUAUGUAGUGACCUUACUGGGGAACAUUCUCAUCCUUACAGUCACUUCCAGUGACCAGAGCCUCCAAACUCCCAUGUACUUUUUUCUGUCCAAUUUCUCCUUCCUUGAGAUCUGGUAUACAACCUCCAUUGCUCCUAAGAUGUUGAAUACCCUUCUCUCAGGUCCAGAGGCAAUUACUUUUGCAGGCUGUGUGGCUCAGUUUUAUUUCUUUGGUUCCAUGGCAGUAGUUGAAUGUUUCCUCCUGGCAGCCAUGUCAUAUGACCGCUACCUUGCUAUCUGCAGCCCACUCCAGUACCCAUCUCUCAUGAACCUUCACACAUGUGUCCUGCUUGCAGGUGGAUCUUGGCUGGGUGGGUUCCUAACUCCUGUGGUCACUGUUGCUAUGACUUUCCAGCUGAAGUUUUGUGCAUCCAAUGAGAUUGAUCAUUUCUUCUGUGACCUGGCCCCAGUGCUGAAGCUUGUUUGUUCUGAUCCUGAGGUAGUGGAAAAAACUACUUUUCUCAUGGCCUCCUUUAUCACCAUUUUGCCCUUUCUGCUUACUGUAGCCUCCUACAUAAACAUUGUGGUUGCUGUCCUCAGGAUACCAUCAGCUGCAGGAAAGCAACGGGCCUUUUCCACAUGCUCCUCCCACCUCAUUGUGGUCACUCUGUACUAUGGAACUCUGGGAACAGUGUAUGCUAUCCCCACAGCAACUCAAGCUGCUGCCCUAAACAAAACCUUCUCACUACUCUACACUGUGGUCACCCCCAUGGUUAAUCCCAUCUUGUACAGUCUCCGAAACAAGGAUGUUAAAAAGGCAGUGAGGAAACGCCUGAGUCAGUGGAAAUAUUCCAUGGAGAACUAAUGGCCCUCUCCAUCCCUGGGGAG